CGAAGCCCUUUCGUAAAUGUUGUUUUCUUUCGUCUUCUAGUUUCGUUCAUGAGUUGACGAGCAAAAAACAAGCGAACAUGACGAGGAAUGUUUCAGAUAUCUUCCUAAAUGAGCAAACCUCAAAGAAAAAGUGGAAAAUGCCUGUGGAGAAAGAAGAAUUAGUCAACAUUAGGAAGACGAACAACAGGCGUAAGAAGAUUGUAGAAGAAGAGCAACUGCAAUACCAAGGAUAUAAACUUUCAUACACAAAACUGCUUGUCACAUGUCUGGCUGUGCUACUAUCAGGAGGUCUACUUUGGUUUUUUAUGCAGUGGUACCGCCGAGUGUAUUUGAGAUGUACUCACGAGAAAUGUUCAAUAGAAAAAGCAUCGAAAAUUCUGCUUGUGGAUUCUUAUAACCAGUACCAUGUCGAAACAGUAUCAAGGUCAAGUGAUAAUCCAUCAAUCUUCUUCUACAAUAAAAAGAUGAAAUACGUAUGGGAUCCAAAACAAUAUAAUUUCGUCAAAGUUGGUGGACUGGAGAUUCAAAAUUGUUCGGAGUUCUAUGCUUUCAAAAACGGUUUAUCUUCCAAAGAAGCCACUAGUCUAUUAAGAUAUCAUGGCAAGAACUCCAUCGAUAUUGAUGUGAAGCCGGUUGUUACGUUAGUUUUAAGAGAAGUGCGGAAUCCUUUUUAUCUGUAUCAAACGUUCAUUGUGAUUUUAUGGUAUUUACAGUUUUAUUAUCAGUUUGCGACCUGUGUGGUGAUAUUAUCUAUUCUAUCAGUAUCUACAACAGUGUGGGAGACCCGAAAACAAACCAAGGCUCUAAGGAACGCUAUGAGGUUGCAAGAUAUUGUUAGUGUUGUGAGAGAUGGGAAUGAAUUACAGAUAUCCUCUGAAGACCUAGUUCCAGGCGAUGUGAUUAUAAUUCCGAAAUCUCACUUCACUAUGGUAUGCGACGCUGUAUUACUGACUGGGACUUGCGUAAUGAAUGAAAGUAUGCUGACUGGAGAAUGUGAACCAGUAUCCAAAGUGCCAAUUGAAAAUGAUACCAGGGCAGAAUACAGUUCUAUGACUUGCAAGAAAUCGCUUUUAUCAUGUGGUACAGAUGUCCUUCAUUCCAGAGAUACAGAUGGAAGGGGUGUAAAAGCAGUGGUCUACCGAACAGGAUUUUCUACUGUGAAAGGUGAACUCGUUAGAGCCAUUCUUUUUCCAAAACCUGUAAAAAUCAAACUCGAUUCUGAUUUACUAAAAUGCAUGGCCAUUUUUUUCCUUCUAGGAAUACCAGCGUUGAUCUAUGCAGCUAUCGUUGGGACUGAACAGCAG